GGGAGCAAAAACAAAAGUGUUGCGUUUAUAUUUUUGUUGUGUAUAAAGGUUGCGUACACACAAAACAGGGCCUGACAUCACUUUUUACGUCGAUGUUUUGAUUUAGUCAAGAAUAGGGCUCUCAAAGUUAACGUGUUAACAGAAAUUUUCUUUAGCGGCACUAUUUCUUUUGACGCGCGAUUAACAAGCACACUGGUUGACCCCUCGGCCCACACCAUAGUUUGAGGAAAUGCAGCAGGGCACGUGGAGCCACGAGCGGGAACAGAUAUUGAGCAGAAUGAAUAAAGUAUCAAUUGCAUCUACCUAUCUCUAUGUACAUAUUUUCUUACUGCUACCAUUUAUGUAUUAUUAUCAUAUGCCACUGAAAUGAUGACUAUUUCUUGCGCACCUGAGCAUUGCAGCGUUCUGCUUCGGAAGCGUCCUCCUUCGCUUCUCUGCAGCAGAGGAGCAUUUCGAUGGAAGAGGAGAAGACGACCGUUGAGAAGAGCGGCGACGCACGCCUCGUCGUCCUGCUUCAGUCUGUUCAUGUACCUGACAAGGACAAUCAAUCAGUCCAGUGGUAAAUCAGUUAUUGUGGAGAAUGAGAAUGAAGGAACCUGAUUUUGGAGACGAACGCUGAAUGGCGGGAGAACAUCAGACAUGAUGAAGCGGCCAGGAACUUGUUCGGAAGUUUCAGCAUGGUUGAAGAGUGCAGCUCCUAGUCAACAAGUUUCCCAUGACAAAAUGAAAACGUUAAGAAAAAAACCCGAAUUGGACACAUGAACUAAUGUGUAAGCAGAGUGGGCCAAUGUAAUUUUUCCCUUAGAAUUCCUGCGUGUGAGCGUCUCAGUUUGAUGGCUAAGCUAACAACAAUGUUAGCGUAAGUUACUGCACCCAGUAGUGUUUUGUUGACAUCAUCCGUCUGUGGUAUCUACUGACACCAAGACGUUAUCCAAACUGUCAGAAUGUGAAUGAAAUGUGGUUUUAACGGGUUUAGUGACACGUUAAUAUCAUGCGGUGCGGUUUUUUGACGAUAAAAAAGCUCACAAUCCCACAGCUGCACCACGACGGGUUCGUCGCCGCCUCCAAUACUUCGCCUUCUUCUGCUCCAUACCCUUCUUCUUCUUCGCUUUCGUCCAUUCAGUCCACCUCGUGUUGGCCUGCCCCCUCGCGGAUAUUGUUGUAAGCGGCUGGCCAAUGUCGCUUUUCAAGGACUUCACCUCCCACAAUGCCUUUCGCUGUUGCAAUCCGCGUGUCGGCGUCUGCUCGCUCACAUUGCUACAUCAUGUCUGUCUUCAUGGAUUUAAACUUGACUUUCUCGGGCGAUAAAAGCAACAUGCAGCGAAUGAUUGAGACUGCAGCUCAUCUUGGUUUUUCCACAGUAGCCGUCAACUACACUUUUGAACCCACAGCCAAAAAGAAACAGGAGAUUCCCUCCCCCAAGCCGAUCAAUGAGCUCAUGGAUCAGCUACCCAUUGUCCAGGGUCGCUCUCGGCCAAUCAGAGUGCUCAACAGACUGACGCUGGUCAUGUCAGACAUGUGUUACUUUAGGCCGAAUGCGGCAGAGUACCGAAGUUUUGAUUUGAUAGCGGUGCACCCAACGACAGAAAAAGUUUUUCAUGCGGCGUGCAUGCAGUUAGACGUGGACAUCAUCAGUAUUUCCGUGAUGGAGAAACUUCCAUUCUUCUUUAAGAGAGCUCCAGUCAGCGGGGCUGUGGAGAGAGGUGUGGUGUUUGAAGUUUCGUACGCCGCAGCCAUCAGAGAUGCCACCAUGAGACGCUACACCAUUGCUAACGCUGUUAGCCUGACAGAGACGUGCAAAGGGAAGAACGUGAUUGUGUCGAGUGCGGCUGAGAAGCCUCUGGAGCUGAGAGGACCCUAUGACAUCAUCAACUUAAGUAUGCUGUUUGGUCUGUCAGACGGUGACGCUGGAAAGGCCGUUUCCUCCACAUGUCGAUCGGUCUUAUUUCACGCAGAAACCAGGAAGACUGCGAGUGGUGUCAUUUCCACCAAAAAGGUCUGCAGCGGAACCACCUGCCAGCAGGAGGCUCCACCCUCGUCCUCUUGCGACGUGCCUGCAGCCAAACGAGUCAAAACUCAGCAGAUGGACUGAUGCAGCCAUGUUGGAUAAGCUCCGCCCACUUCAGUGCUUGAAGCUAGCUAGCAACAGUUAAACAUCAACCCAUUAUUGGGAGACAAAGGCGGGAUGUUCUCAGUUCCUUCAAAAUAAUAGCGUUGUAGUUACCUGCAGCAUGCUAGUUUUUUUUUUCUUUUGUUUUUUUUUACUUCGAGGCGCUUACUCGCUGAAGUUGUUUAAGUAUAAAAUGUGACAUUCCUUCACUGGGAUGCAACAAAAAUGAAAAGAAAUGAGUGCCUUUUUUUUUGCCAAUUUUUUAAUUUUCACAUGAAGAAAAAGUGAUGUCCACAAACUGGCUUUCACUUGAAAAAUUGCAAAAAUAAAACUGUAUGACAUCAAAACGUU